AUGAUGGGAUCCUAUAUUGAGGGACCCUCCGAACAAUGGCUGACUCAAUUUCCCACUAUUCUCAUUGUGACCUCUUCCAUGGUGAUUGAUCGUAGCCUCCGAAAGGAUUUGAUCGAGGAACGGGUUCGAUGCCAAAUCUGGUUGUGGUUCUGUGUCAUUCUUUCCCUUCGGUCGCAUCCAAGCAGUCUACAUGACAAAGAUAUCCAGCAGCAUGGCAAAAAAGAAGAUUUGAUAUUUGAAACUUGGAUGCAUUUGGUAAUCGUAUCAAAUCUAGUAUCCAUCGGUGUUUUGGCAAUCAGUGGUCCGCUGGAACGAAUCAAGAAGAGUUACAACCGGAGUUCUUGGUGGUUUUCCUUUGCGGCUUGGACAGCCAUGAUGUCCUCGUCGUGUCUCUUUUCAUCUCUAAGAUAUGCCGAAGGAGCACAAGAAUCGAUUGCCAUGUUCUCCUUACAAGUUUACAUACUUUCCUUGUGCAUUCUUUGGAUUAUUCAUUGGUACAAACGACGAAAAGAAAAGUUGGAGCAAGAAAUGCGCAAAAUUACCAACUAUGGAGGCAGCGGUUCCAACACAAAUCCAUCAUCAUCCUUCAUCAUAUCGCAAGAUAAAGACGGAUUUGAUCGAUCCAAGUGGUAUACGUGGAAACCUUCCACCACCUUGCGGUGGAUAUCACAAGUGUUGGAAUCAUCAUUUGACCAUGACGACGUUGAUCAUGGAGUCUUGCAACAAUUGGCAUCACAUCGAAUCGAUGGACCCUUGUUGGAUACUCUAUCCGUCUCUCAAUUACUUCAACUGCAAGUUCCCUAUGGACCCGCGUGCCAUUUGGAUCAGGCGAUUCAGACUGAACUGGUACGACCCUUUCCCAAACCACGAGGAUCGGAAGCCAAUAUGAGCGGCAGCAGUUGCAAUGGUGCUUCUUUUGGUGGUACAACAUCAGCACAUCCAAACGACUUUUUGAGUGGAUUUGAUGAAGAGUACAAUAGCGAUCGACGAAGAAGUUUCGCUUCCACUGCCAAAAGCGAUGGGACAAGUGGCUUGGCAGAUCGCAACAGUUUUGCUUCGGGAGCAGAAAUGUUGAAUCUCGACCCCAACCAAGAAAAUCACAUCAACGAUGUCAUGAAGGAACGGUAUGGGCUGGAAUUGCCGCGUUUGCGAACAGAAGGAACGUCGGCCUCAGAUCCAGCAUCAGGUGCACCACCAUCGCAAGCCAGCGCCGUGAGUGAUGGUGAAGAUCCCUUGCAGCGAGGACCCAUACAGAAGCAACUUCAAUCAGCAGCUUUGCCAACACCCAAAAUAGCUCCUGCUCCUGCUGCUCCUGCCAUACAUACCCCGUCAAGUGCUCAAGCAUCGUCGGUAGGAGGAAAAAGUGAAAUACCAGAGGCCAUUUUGAAGCAAAUGCCAGCUAAUAUCCAAGAUAUUGCCAAACGACGACCCGAUUUAGUUCGACAAAUGCUGCUUAGCAAACAAUUACAAGUACAAGACCAAAAAUUUCAACGGGAAGAUCAAUUGUACACGCACGCAGAAGAGGGCGCGCACGACGGUAAUGAGGACUACGGCAACGAUGAUGAGGACUCAACUGAUGAAACUUCCCGUCUUUUACGGCGAAGGAAGGAUCAUCGUCAAUACAAGUCAACUGGACUGUGA